UUCAUGUCAGUUUGGUGCUUUUUUUUUUGUUGUGUUUACGCCGCUCAUGCCGUUUGGUUCUGUCUCUCCGCAGUUCAAAAGAAUGUUGAACAGGGAGCUGUCACAUUUGUCGGAGAUGAGUCGCUCAGGGAACCAGGUGUCAGAAUACAUCUCUACUACCUUUCUAGAUAAGCAGAACGAGGUGGAGAUUCCAUCGCCGACGCUGAGGGACAGAGAGAAACCUAUGUGUCACAUCAGCGGCGUCAAGAAACUCACGCACAGCUCAAGCCUUUCCAACUCCGCCAUGCCUCGCUUCGGUGUAAAGACGGAACAUGAGGAUGCUUUAGCCAGGGUAAAUAGAUGAUGAGAAUGCGAGAAGUUAUUCAUCGACAAAGAGGUGAAGCCGUCCAAAAA